AUGAGUAUCUCCCCAAUAAAAUACGAAUCGAAAAUAUUAAGCAACUUGGCCAGCAUGCUAAAGCUUAGCGAAAAAACAGACAAAGAAAUAUGGAGCGAAAUAAAGGAAGAAAAGGAGCACAUCAAAUUUGAGAUUGACGAAGAUAUAAGAAAAGUCAUCGAUGUGAACAAAAUUAACUGUACCUGUGAUGAAUCGAAAAAAAAAAUCGAAGAAUAUAAAGGGAAGAAAUUCGAGUAUUAUUACAAUGUGGAGACAUAUGGAGUCGAUUUUUUCCUAGACAUUUGCAAUGCCCUAGGGAGGUCUAACUACAAACCGUUUCUAUCAGAACAAGGCAAAAAAGAAGUUAUGAAUGGGUUAAGAAUUAGAAGAAAUUCGAAUCUGUAUAAAUAUGUUUCUUUUUUUUUAAGUAAAGAAAGGCUAAAUAAGGACCGAUUAAAUGAUGGGAAAACACCUGAACAUAUCUUCCACUGUUUUAAGUGCCUAAAGAGUGUACUACAUAUUUAUGUGGACGAUCAGAAUAACCGGAAGAGGAAAAUGUACCUACAGGAUAACAAGUACAUAACAGAAGAAAUGGAAGAGAAAAUGGAAAACGACUUACUUAGUGAGAAUCAAAAAAAUAGUAAUGUGAAUCCUCCCAACUUUAGGGACGGAAUAAUAGCCGUCAGCAGAUACAAAGCGGAGUUGGCCUCCAUAAGUAGGAAGUCAAAUGAAAGAAUUAUCAAAACCAUUUUGGGUCAUUCGAAGGACAUGCACAGUGGCUCCCAGCAUGUGGGUAAAGACUCCUCCAUCAACGGGGAUAGCCACUCGAGCAAUCGUAACAGUAAUAGUAAUCAUACUCAUAAUCGUAAUAGCAAUCAUCACCAGCAACUGAGCAGAAGUAACUCCUUCGAGGAUAAUAAGCGCUACAAAACGUCAGGCUUCUUCGACAAACACGAACUGAAGCAUUUUAGCGACUCCGCCAACAGUUUUUCCAUUGAUGGAGACGCGAAAAGCACGCACAAAAAUGCGCAUAGUAAAAAAACCACCAACUUGAAAAUUAACCCCGUGACAAAUAAUUUGAUACAAAAGAACGCACCUGCGGGAAACUUAUUUCUGAGCAAGAACAGGGACAGACAACGGCGAACCGCGCAAAGCAGCAGGAAGAGUAGACACAGCGCCGGUUCGAGUAAAAAAUCGGGCUCAGUCAAGAAAAAGGACCCGGGGGAUAUGGCGGUUGGGGUCGAUGCGGGGGUAGCCGUGCCGGGGGGCAGCAAACCGGACGUGGGUGGUGGUCAUUUUGAGGAGCCACAAACAGAUGCACCCGCGUUGGAAGUAAUCGCACAGGGGAAUGAACCUCCCCGUAAGUUGAGUCAAAGUGAAACCGUGCAACACACCGAAUGGGAUAAGAAGUUGAGUGGAGAGGGGGAACGGGGCGGCUUAACGGAGAAGCUCGCCGUAUACUCACCCGAAACGAAUCACAUCGUAUACUCACCCGAAACGAAUCACACCGUAUACGCAGCUGAGACAAAGCUCACCGUGUACUCACCCGAAACGAAGCACGCGACAAGCCCAGCCAAUACGAAGCUCACCGUAUGCUCUGCCGAUACGAAGCUCACCAUAUGCUCAGCCGAGGGGAAGAUGCCCACCGGGGAAGACGAACCAAACUCGAAAGACGCCGCGUCGGACGAAGCUGACAAGGAGAGUCACCAAUACGACGUGUAUCAAAAAACGUCCCUCGUGAAAAACGCAUCCAAUGGGGAGGAGGACUACGACUUCAACGCAAGCGACGACGCGUCCUACUCCACAGAUGAUUCGAAUUAUAAAAGGUACAUGACGAAGAAGAAGACGAAACUGCAACAAGAAGGGAAAAUAGUCAUCGACCUGAAUAUACUCAACGGAAAUGCAAUCAACGCAUCGGAAAAAAAGGAAAAGGAAAAAAAAAUUGAGGAAAAAUACAAAGAGAGAUGUCAAGAAAAGCACCAAGAAAGGAUAAGAAUGGAUGGAGUAAGGAAAAGCUUAGAAGAAAAAAAAAUGAUUUUCUGCAAAAUAGAAGAGGUGGCAAAGAGGAGAAAUAAACGACAUGUAAAAACGCAAGUAUUAUCGGAAGACUCCAAAAUUGAGAGAGCUUACUUUAGCCAUAAAAUGAAAAAAUUUUAUAAUUCAAAAUCGGGAUAUUUUGGUUGUGGUUGGUCCAAUAACAGAACCCAGUGGACUCCAUUUAUACAUGCCCCCUUUUUUGACAACCACCAUAAUACUAUAUAUAAAAAUAGGAAUAAAAAAAUGUACGAAGAGAUAUACGACACGUUGUUGCAUGGGAGGAUUCACCCCUCCGUUAGGAUUGUCGAGUUGAAGGACCACAAGCAUCCUGUGCGGUUAUGCACACCGUACUAUGAAGAUUGCUAUUCAGUCGUUUACACGGGGAAAAAAAUCCUCGCAUCGGAUGAUCGGGUCAUUUUUGGAGAGUACACUGGUUAUGUGGCGAACAAUAGGGAGCUGUCGCAGGAGAAGCACCAGUACACGUUCGCCCUAUCCUUCAACAAGAAAGUUUUUAACGAUAGAAAGAGUGUCGUUUUUAUUAACGAGAUUGAGUCGGACGAGGAGGGUGCUCUGCAAGGGGGCAGUCCCCACGGGGGGGAAACGAAUGGGAGAAUCGCCAACUAUGAUGGCGGCGACCAUUGCGAGUAUGCGGCCAAGUUGAGCAGCGAAGAAGCCGCUUCGAAUGAUGAGCAGAAUUGUCAAGAAGGGGCUCCUCCCAGCGGUGGUGUAAAUGCAAAAGGAGGAUGCACCCCCAAUUUGGCCACGCCCCCAUGUGAAAAAUCUACACACAGUUACUCCAAAGAGAAGAAGAAAUCCAAGGGGAUGAACAAUAAGAUUAUCCUGCCAGAUAAUUACACCUACGCUGUGGACUCGUCCUACAUGUUCAACGAAAUGUCGCUAGUUAAUCAUUACAAAACAUGUGCCGUUUUUAACAAUUACGAUUUUAGGAUAAACGCGGAGUGGCAGUUGGUUUACCUUGAUGGGUGGCCACACAUCAUUCUCACCUCCAUCCCAGGGGUAGAAAUAAACACAGGAGAAGAAAUUUUCGCGGAUUUUGGCUUCGAAUGGUUUGAAAAAGUGAACGACAUCUGCCUGAAUGAGUUUAUUAAAAAUAGCUAUGCAUACAGAUUGAGCAAGUUAAAUCUUUGUAAGGAAAAAAAUUUCACUGGAAUAGAUGACAUCGUGGAAAAGUACAAUUUGAUAAAAAACCACCUCACGUGCAACAUCUGCAUGUACAGCGUCAACACGGAUAGUAGUCACGGGUUCAUUGCUUGUUCCGGUUGUAACCACAUCUAUCAUCUAGCAUGUGUGCAGAAAUUAAAUGCAGAAGUGAACGAGAAUUACGACUGGUUUUGCGCCAGUUGUGUCAAAUUCUGCAUCAAUGUGCUGAACCAGGAGGAGUUCCUCGCCUACCUGGAGAAGGAAAACCACAAGCAGCUGAUCGAUCUUUUUAGCGACAUGUGUGUGGAAAAUUCAAACAAGUUAUCCCAGUUGCUAGCCCCAGGAGCGAGCGAUACUCCAUUGUGCGGUAGCGAUGGGAAGGAAUCCAAAGGAGUGACUGGCAACCCUAACUGUGCUAAGCAGUAUGACAAGAUACGGAAAUUACUACAGUGUAGGGAAAAUAUAAUCGACUUGGUGAGGAACAAAGAGAUUAUUAACUCCUAUUUAGAGAGCACCGAAAAGGAAAUGAAUUCUCUAGAAAACGCAGAAGAGGGGGAAGAUUUGUCCUUUAAGAAAGACGAAAUGAAGCUCCUGCUGCAAAACAGCUUUGAACUGCACCUUCUUGUUGAAUAUAAAAAAAAAAUCGAUGAUUUGUUGGCAAGCAGGGAGAAGGUAGACACCUUUGUCAAUGACGAAAAGGCCAAGAACACCAUGCAGUUGAGGAAAAAAACUAUAAACUAUUUGUUAGAAAAUAGGAAAUAUAUAGAAAAGCUGGUCGACUCGAUGGAACAAGGUACUCCCAUUGUGUUUCCGCACAAGGAGGGAACCAUCCUUACAAAGGGAACAAAUAACCUCGCAGUUGCACACAAGGAGGAGGUGCACCGUUCGGAAGAGGAAACUACGUUGAAGGGGCUCAAGGAGGAACUCCCACAUGAACAUACCCUGGCAAUACAAAAAUAUGACCCAAGUUUUGGUAGGGGAGGGAGCCCCGGUUCAGGCUCUACCGAACACACGAAUGGCAGCUUUUCCAACUCGUAUGAAACGAUUUUGUAUAACAAGUCGAACGAUGUCGUGAAGAAUUUAAAAGAGAUAAAAAAAGGUGCCCCUUUUGGCGGUGUAAUAAGCGACGCGGUUAGCUGUCCAGCAUCCAGCAGCAGCAACACGGGUGGCAACAAAAACCUCUGCUUCAGCAAUAUGAUGAAGUUGAGCAAGAAGAUCUUAGGGUUCCCCUUGUUAACAGAUUUCGAAAGGGGAAUGAGCACCAACCAGCCGUGUCUUCCACUGAGCGAUCACCUAAAAAGGCUCUCCGUGUGCACCGUUUGUUAUAGCAAGCAUAAUGACUUGGCUAAGGCCAUCAUAUGUAGAGUUACCAAGAUGCACUUUGAGGCUAAUUACAAUGAUGGGCUGGGCGACGAAGACAUGUUUAAGACGUCCAGCGAAUGCAUCCAGUCAGUCAUUCGCGAAUUGGCCAACACGAUAAAGGAGUACCGCAAGAGGGAGCUCAGCGGGGCGUACGUGCAGGAGCUCGCGCGCAGCGGGAGUAGCAGCUACAGGAGCUGCAGCAGCAGCAGUUAUAGCAGCCGAGGUGGGAGUUGCGCUGGGAGUCGCGGUGAUGGUCUCGCUGGGAGCCAUGGCGAGAUCCACGCUGUCAUCGCGGGGCCCCCACUAACUGACGACCACAACGACAUCGGCGCAGAAGCUCAUUCACCCAGUUCCAGCCUAAAACUUCCACCGCAGAAGCCAUUUUACGGCAUGAUGAGCGACCCCCCAUGCAGUGACAGGCGCCCAGGGGAUACAAACAACCCCUUUGAGAAUAACACACCUCCCCUGUUAUGGGACAACAAAGUGAAUUACACAGACGAUUAUACGUGCAAGAGGGGGGAAGUGAAUUCCACGCUGGGCAAACGCCCUCAUGAAGAAGAUAACAAGGGUAGCAGUCAGAAGAAGUCGAAGCUUCGUACCAAGCCGUCUAACGACACGAUCGGUGGAGAAAAUGGCGAUUCUUUAAAAGGGGGAACGGACGAGGGGAAAACACAUGAAGGGGGAGGCAAUGUUGGUAGUUGCACAGCUCAGGGGGGGGCAGACCAGCUCCCCCGCAGUGAUCUGUGUAGAGAUCCACGUGGAGACCCCUGCGUUGACCCGCUUCCCGAGCAACACGCGCACCGCAGCAAAGAUGAGAACCAGAAGGGGGACAAAAAUGACAUCCAUUUUGCAGGCGAAAAAUUGGAUGAAAUAGAAGCGCCGGGUGACCAGAAGGGGAACUACGUCACGCUGGAAAAUAUUUCCAAAGCGAGUAAUUUCAUCCCGCUCCUGGGGGUUGAACUUGGGAGCACAAAAAUUCAGAGGGAAUUUACAAAUGGAACAUAUGUAGGGACAGUUACGGAGCAAAUAAAGGACGAACAUGGAAAUCCAUUUUUCGUUGUUACGUAUGAAGAUGGGGACGCGGAAUGGAUGACGCCCUGCUUCCUAUUUCAAGAAUUGCUAAAGCAGUCGACAAACAGUGUGGACUACCCGUUAGCAACUACGUUUAAGGAGGUAUUCAACCCGGAAUUUAAAAAGGACUUAAAAUUAAGCAACUGUUCGCUUGAGUUAAAAAUUGAAAGACGAAAGAGGAAAAGCAAUUGUGAGAGUGCCAGCAACAAUAACAGUGUCAGCAAAAGACAGAAGCAUGCGCAGGAGGAAAAUUCCUCAAGGAAGAAGAAGCAACGGUUUUGA